AGUCAAGAGUGUUGAUACGAUUGCUCUUCUUAGAGAUGGUCAAAUAAUCGAUAAUUGUAGCAACAUGCACAACAUGUUGAGCGAUAAGCUGGCAAAUGAACAUGAAACUGGCAACGAAAUGUUCAAACGCAGACAGCGCGAAAUAAAUAAAUAAAUGCGCAAGCGACAAAUAUAAAAAAUAAAUAAACAGCAGCAAAGACUAAAAACUAAAUAAAGCAAAUUUAUAAAAAGUAAAGCAAGCGCUUGAAGCAACAAAGAGCGAAAACUUUUUUCUAAUACUUGUAAUUGAAAAGCCGCCAAAAUUACGACGUAUCAUCCACCCACGCCCAAAGUCAAACAGAACCCGGCCAAUAUGGACAAUACGUCCGGGCCGGGUGCGUUUGACGAUGAGCCGCCGCCAGAGCCACGCGAUGGUUGGUUGCUGGUGCGCAUACAUGUGCCGGAGCUGAAUGUGUACAAAUGUCUGCAGUUUCCAUCGGAGCGUUUGGUGUGGGAUGUUAAGCAGCAGGUGCUGGCGUCGCUGCCAAAGGUGGCAUUCUGGUUUAAGGAGCUCAAGGAGAGCUUUAACUAUGGACUGUUUGCACCGCCUGUAAAUGGCAAAGCGGGCAAAUUUUUAGAUGAGGAGCGACGCCUGGGCGAUUAUCCAUUCAACGGACCUGUAGGCUACUUGGAGCUCAAAUACAAGCGUCGCGUUUACAAAAUGCUUACGCUGGACGAACGUCAGCUGAAGGCUUUGCAUACACGCGCCAAUCUGCGUCGCUUUUUGGACUGCAUCAAUGGCGGACAUGUGGAGAAAAUUGCAAAAAUGUGUGCCAAGGGUUUGGAUCCGAAUUUUCAUUGCUCCGAAAGCGGCGAAACGCCACUGACUGUGGCCACGGGCGCCAAGAAGCCCAACAAGCUGCUCAUAGCGCUAGUCAAUGGUGGCGCGCUGUUGGAUUAUCGCACCAAGGAUGGCACCACAGCGCUACAUCGCGCCGUCGAGCAUGAUUCGCUGGAGGCAGUGAGCACUUUGCUGGAGCUGGGCGCUUCGCCCAAUUAUCGCGACGGGCGUGGCAUUACGCCUUUGUAUAUAUCGAUAACACGCAAAUGCGAGGCAAAGAUUACAGAGAGCCUGCUGCAUGAUCAUGCCACGUUGGGCAUACAGGACAGUCAGGGCUGGAAUGAGGUGCAUCAGGCCUGUCGGCACGGCCUGGUGCAGCAUCUGGAACACUUGUUGUUCUACGGUGCCGAUAUGGAUGGACGCAAUGCGUCCGGUAAUAGCCCGUUGCAUGUUUGCGCUGUUAACAACCAAGAGGCUUGUGCUAGAAUGCUUCUCUUUCGCGGCGCACAACGCGGUGCCCAGAACUUUGCCAACCAAACUCCCUAUCAGGUUGCUGUCAUAGCGGGCAACUUGGAGCUUGCCGAAAUAAUUGAGAACUACAAAUCGGAGGAUAUUGUGCCCUUCCGGGGACCACCGCGCUACAAUCCGAAACGGCGCUCAGGCAUUGGUUGGCUAAAUGCCAAUGGGGCCGCCGGUGCAGCACUGUUGGCUGCGGCUGGCGGUGGCCUUGGUGGUGCAGGUGGACUAGGCAGUGUUAACGGCAGCCUGAUGGGCACACUAUCGCGCCAGCAGUUGCAACAGCUGCAGCCGCCGCCGCAACAGCAGCAGCAUCAUCAACAGCAGCAACAUCAGCUUGGCCCACAUUUGCACCACCAGCACCAGCAGCCGCAUCUGCUGCAGCUGCAUGGGCCACCCUCGCCAUGCCCAUCGGAGCACAUGUUGGGCGCCUACAGCUCGGCCAGCUCGAGUCUAUCCGAAGGCUCGUCAGGACAUCGCUCGCACGAGGACGACAUCAGCAUUGUAACAGAUAAAUCGCUGGGCGACACCAGCGACAUCAUAAGCGACUCCAGCGGCGUGGGCACCAACUCGGACUCGGCCGCGUGCUCCAUUGGGCAUCCCAGCACUACGGUUGUGUGCAUGGAGCCCUACGCCGGCAAUACAGUGGGUCACAUACGUCUGCAGCCUGGCGAUGUUAUCGAAGUUGUUGGCAGCACCGACUGCGGCCUGCUCGAGGGCUACGUGCGCGGCACCAAUCAGUCGGGCUUCUUUCCUGCCGACUGCGUGCAGGAGGUGAAUCUGCGCCAGAAGCACAUAACCAAUGUCAUGACUGCCAGCACUGGGAUGCCACAGCAGCAGCUCCAACAGCAACAACAGCAGCAGCAAUCGUCCUACCAAGGCUCGCCACAGUUGAGUCUAGGUGGGCACUCGGGAAGCUCCAGCACACUGCUGCAGCAGCCGCAUCAGUCGCCAUCGCUAUCCAUGAACAGCAAUGGCAGCUGCCAGCAGCAGCAGCAACAGCAACAACAACAGCAGCAGCAGCAACAUCAGCUGGACAAUGGCGGCGGCGGCAUGUCCAAUCUUACAAUUGGGCAAUACAGCAGCGCUACAGCUCCACGAAUUAAGAAGGGCGCCUACAAUGCGCCUCGUUCAGUUGUUUUGCAUCGCGCCAAGCGCGGCUUUGGCUUUAUACUGCGCGGCGCCAAGGCCAGCUCACAGUUGAUGCAGCUGCGUCCGUCGGAGCGCUUUCCAGCACUGCAAUAUUUGGACGAUGUGGAUCCGGGCGGUGUAGCCGACAUGGCAGGACUGCGUCCAGGCGACUUUUUGUUGACCAUAAAUGGUGAAGAUGUUAGCGCCGCUUCGCAUGAGCAGGUGGUGGAAAUGAUACGUUCGGCUGGCGCUUUGGUCAACAUGACUGUCAUUUCGCCACAAUUUCCGCAUCAGAUGCAGGCUACGGCGCAGUAUUUGCCCAGCGGCGCGCGUGUGGGCGGACAACUCUCGAGCGGACCGAGCACGCCACAAAGCUCGCAUAGGCAAUGCGCCACUUUGCCCAGAAAGAUGUCCAUGGGUCCGGGCAGUCAUGUUAGUGCUGGUGGUGGCGGCUCUUCGGCUGGUGGUAGCGUGCGCAUGGCGCCCAUGCCGCCGCGUCGUGAUCCGAAGACAACGUUAAGCGUGGGACGCGCACGUGCCAAGUCCAUGGUGGCUGGCUUGGAGAAUGGCGGCGAAAAGGAGGACGAACUGCCGCACACCAAGUCCAAUUCGGUGGAGUCCAUUGCCACGCCCACGCCCACACAUCCGGGCACGCCCGUGCAGCUGCGCACGGCCAGCAUCAAGGCGCGUCCCACCUCCAGUCGCAUUACCGCCGCCGAGCUGGAGGAGCUGUUCCAGCGCCAGCAGGGCGAGGGCAGCGCUGCAGGCGCCAAUCGCUAUGCCACCAUGAUGACCAGCUCGCGCUUCCAGUCGGGCACAGACAGCGGCGCUGCCACGCCCCCAGCCACCAAUGGGUCGCCGCUGCGCACUGGUCCGCUCGUGUACGGCAGUGUUGCCGAGAUGAAGCGCAAAACGGCGCGCAGCAAACAUGGCAGCGGCACGCUGCGUGGCAAGCCCGUGGCCACGCCCACAGUGGGCGGCGCAGUUGCUGGCAGCGGACGUGACUUGAAGCGUUUUCAUUCCACGCCAGAUUUGCAUGGGCCGCAGCUGGGCUCGGCCUCGUCCAUUUGGCAGGUGGCCAGCAAGGGACAUCACUCCCAGGAUGAUGUGGCCACGUUGCAUGCCUCGCUGCAGCGCCUCAAUGUGGCAGGCGAGCGUGAAGCGAAAGGCGGCGCAGUCUUACCGCCGCCCAAUCAUCCACCGCCGCCGCCGCCAGUGGGUCAAGUGGUCAAGGUGGAGACACGCAGCAGCGUCUCGGAAUACGAGAGCACGCUGUCCUUGCAACAGAAGCUGAAGAAGCGCACCGAGAACGAUGCGGUCACUUCGGCUGCCAUCGAUGGAGUCCAAAGCAGUUUCAAUCCCUCGGCUAAUGCCAAGAUUUAUGCAUCGCCGCAGGAGCUGCGCAAUGUAAUGGCCUGGAAGCUGCGCCAGCAACAACAGCAGCAGCAACAACAGCAGCAACAGCAGCAGCAACAGCCGCAGGAGCAACCACAACAGCAGCAGCAACAAAUACACGUUAGUCAAUAUGCCGCGCCCACACAGUUGCGUGCAACAGCAAAUGCAACGCUAGUCUCGCACUAUGCAGCGCCACAGGUGCAACAGCAGCAACAAGCGCCGCCAGCAGCAGCAGCAGCAGCUGCUCCAUCAACGCCACCAGCACCGCCACCGCCAGCGCCACCAGCGCCCGUACAACAGCAGCAGCCACAAUCCAAUGGAUCUGCUGCUGCUGCACCACCCAUACCCGAACCCGACUACAGCUGCAGCGAGUCCGAUGGCGAGGAUGAGAACUCAAUUCUGGUGGCACGCAAUACAAAAUUGAAUGAGAAAAUAACGCUGUUCGAUGUGCCCGAGACCAGCGGCAAUAGUCAAGCCAGCGGCAGCAGCUCCGCUUCUGGCUCUGGUGGCUCCAUAUCGCAUUCGUUGUCCGUGGAGGAAAUACAACGCAUACGCAGCAAUUUGAAAACAUCCAAGUCCUCGCCCAAUGGAUUUUUGAAGAAAGACGAUGAGCCACAGCAGCAGCAGCAACAGCAACAAUUGCAGCCACCGCCAGCAGCAGCAGCAGCGGGUGAGGAUGAAUGCGACAACAGCAGCUCAGGCGUAAGCAGCGAUCAGGAGCUGCUGGCCAUGGGCAAACCCACAGACACCAUCAAGAAGAAGCCAAGUGUUACCAUUGUGGAGGAACCCAAGACCAUACCAGAUCAGCCAGUUAAACAGUUGAACAAAACAACCAUCAGCAUUGGCGCCAAUGCCAAGCUCAGCAGCAACAGCAAUGUGGCACAUGUUGCCGCCGCCUAUGAAGCGGCCACCAAGUGCAACAACAAUCUGAACAACAAUCACAACAGCAGCAACAACAACAGCACAGCAGCAGCCACAACCACAUUGACUGUUAAGCAGCUGGUGCAACAGCAACAUGCGCCAGUUAUACAGCAACAGUUGAGCGGCAACAAGCCCACAGCAAUUGUUACCGGGCAAAAGUUGCAGACAGUUGGACCCACAGGCAAAGUAUUGAGUCCACAGGUGCUGGGACGCAUACCCAAUGUGCAUCACCAGCAGCAGCUGCAGCAACAGCAGCAACAACAACAACAGCAGCAGCAGCAGCUAAAUCCCAAUCAAAAGCUCAUUGCUACACAGCAGCAGAUAUUGCAACAGCAGCAGCAACAGCUCGCACAUCAGCAACACUUGCAGCAAAUUUUAAAAGCCAAGGCUGCAGCUGCUGGUGGUGCCAGCACUGCCGCCUUGGUGGCCAAACAGCAGCAGCAGCUGCACAAAGGGCAAAGCCACGAGUCGGAGAUGGAACAACGCUCCGACUUGGAGGAUGACGAUGGCGAACUGAGUCCCUCGCCGCCAGCCAAAGCGUUCCAGCGUCACAAUUCGCUGACACGCAAGCAGGCGGCGGCCAUUGCCAUGCAGCGUGGCGCCACACGCAGUUCGGCAGUGUCGUUGGUGCAGCUGCCGCCGCCUUUGGAGGCGGACAGCGAUGGCGAGAGCCUGCAGCAGCAGCAGCAACAGCAACUGCAGCAGCAGCAGUCGCAACAGCAACAUCAGCAGCAGCAGCUGGCCACGCACAUUGUGGGCAUGUUGCCCAGCGGCCAAUUGGUGGCAGUGCCAUCUGCAGCUGUUGCGGCCGCUGCUGCCGCCGCCGCUGUACCGCAGCAGCCAGGCGGCAGCAACAACAACAUGCAAUUUGGCACAGAGAAUUUGGUGUUGGCGCCGCCGCCGCAAUUCUGUGAUUGCAACGAUGCCAAGCAUGCGCCGCAAUAUCAUCCCCAACAGCAGCAGCAACAGUUGCAACAGCAGCAAUUGCUGCAGCAACAGCGCCAUCAGCAGCAGCUGCAAAUGUUGCAGCAACAGCAGCAGCUACAACAGCAGCAGCAGCAACAUCAGCGUCUAAGCGGUGGCGCUGGUCCAGGCGCUGUGGGCACGCUGGGACGCGUGCGCAUUGUCGGCGCCAUGCCCAAGGCCAACCAUCAUCGGUUGCACUAAAGCAACAGCAACACACAGCAGCAAUCAUAAGUUAAACUUAAGCGUAAACAUUUGCCAAAUUGUUAAUGAAAUAACAAACAAAAAACAGAAAAUAUUGUUAGUGUUAGUUAACGAACAGUCAUUGCCAUUCACAACGAAUAGCUGCACUCGAAAUAGACAUUCACACACACACACACAAACAAUUGCCAAUAGCACUGCAUAUGCAAAAUUCGAAUUACAAGUGCAAACAACAUAAAUAAUAAUUAAUUAGCGCAUUAGCCGAUGCACUUUAAUUUUAAUCUGUUUAAGUUCUACAAACGAAAAGAAUGAAAGUGAAACAUUAAUAUUAUUUUUAUUAUAUUUAUUGCGUGUGAUAUAAAUUUAUGUACGCGGCGUUAGCGCAGCAACAAGUUAAACAACAAACAACAAAAAAGCAUAAUUAAUUAAUUAUAUACAUAUAUUAAACAUGUUAAGUAAAGCUCAAUAUGUAGUCAUUAGCAAAUGCAUUGAGAGCAAACUGAGCGCGUUAAUCCGAUGCUGACAGUUUGCUUUCGAUGCGCCGAGCAUUUGUGGUGAAAAUAUUUAAUUAAUUCAACAAUAUUCUCACUACAAAUACACACAUACAUACACAUACGUAUUACUAUAAAAAAUUAGCGAGUGUUGUUAGGCUCAAGGCUCAUUUUUCUUCAGCAUCCAUCCAUAAAUCAUGCGUAACGUUAAAGCACAAAAAAAAAAACAAAAACAAUGAACAUUUAAUAUUUAACACAUUCAUUAUAAACAUAUAAAACUCAGCAUUUAGCGUACGUUUUUUAUACGUAAACAUAUUAAGCACGUCGUAAACCAAUAAUAUGAACAGCAACAAUAAUAUUUGAAUUUUUGCGCAUUUAGCCCAAGUUUCUCGAGUCAAGUCUAGUAAACUAACUACAAUACUAAACUAAAACGCGUUUUUAAACACAUAUGUAAUUCAUUGAGUGGCGUACUUUUUAGAGAAAAUAACGGAAACGUCUUGAAUGGAAAGUCGUAAAUUUUUGCUAGUAAAAUUUACAGAUUUUUACUUUUAACCGAAACACUUUUUUUGUAACCAUUGUUUUUUAGAGCAAAACUUUAAAAAAAUACAUACAACAAAUUUUUGAAAAUGGUUCUCAAAUUAUAAAUAAUAGACAACCAAACUUAUAUAAAAAAGCAAAAGCAAACCGAAACAGUUAAUGGUAUUUAAAUGUUCACGAGUAACAAUUAUUAUAAACUAAGGCUGAUUUUAUUGCAUCAUAGUGCAGACAGUAUAAAAAUAUAUAUGAACGCAAGAACCGCGUGCAGUUUAUUAAACACUAGCAACCAUUGAGCAUAGUUCAUACGCAAGCAUUUAAUUGUUAGCAACAAUUUAAUAAGCAAGAAGCAGCAAAGUCGCAAAUUGCAUACAUUUGAAUAAUUAUUGUAUUGAAGGAUAAUAAGGCAGGCAUAUGAAAAGCAGAAGCAAGCAAGAAACGUUUAGAAUUGGCAAAAUGCACCUUUGCACUAGCAUCUAAGUGUUGAAAAGUUAUUAAACCUACGCAUAUAAAUUAUAUAUAUAUUGGCAAACUUAGCUUAUAAUUAGAUUUUAGCACAUACACACACAUACAUACACUAUUUAGUUAACGCAAUAGUCGCUAAUUAUUUGUAAAUUGUUUUAGUUUCCCCACAUCAUCCUCCCCCUACCCCAUCCCUACCCACACUAAACUAGUUGCUUUUAGCUUAAGUUGCAUGCUAGCUUCAAACAUGUCAAGUGCUCAUGCAAGUCCUACCUAUGUAUAACUAACUAACUAUAUUCUAACAAUAUGCAUACGAUAUAUAAUUAUAUAUGCAGUACAUAGUAUGUCGAGUAAACAGCAGUGAACGAGAGUUAGAGCGAAAGCAAGUGCAGCAAGCCAGAGAGAGAAUACUUAUUGAAUAUG